AUGCUUCUCCCCACCUUGAUAGAUAUUCGGCGGCCGGAGGGCAAGGAUCUUGACCCCGAAGACAUCUUUGGGUCCUCGCUUGGCGGCAUCUUCACCGACGACCUGCAGAACCAGCACGGCGACGAUCCCGAUACCGCCAUUGUGUACAAGAAUGCACGACACGGCAACCUGGAGUUCCGAACCGCAGAUAUCAACGGCGAGGAGGAGAGGCGGAAGAUGGCGCACUACUUGUGGAAUGCUGGUGUCCUGAUGGCUGAGCUGGUCGGGGGCAGGCCAGCAGAGGGGCAAGCUGGGCCAAUCGACGUUGUAAGCCCCGAGGGGUGGAAGAACGGCGAAUGGUGGGUAGACAAGGAAGAAGAGAGGUCGUGGAGUGUGGAAGGCGAGACGGUGAUUGAGCUCGGUGCAGGCGUAGGAUUGGGUGGUGUCAUGAGCGCACUCGCUGGCGCAAAAGAGGUCACCAUCACUGAUUACCCAGCUCCCCCGAUCCUCGAGGCUAUCAAGACCAACGUUAGGAGGAACUUGGAAGAACCCCUCCGCUCUCGAGUGGCAGUUCAAGGCCACCUAUGGGGCCAUGUCUCGUCCGAUUUCGCUGGCGCACACGCCCACCGUUAUACACGUGUCCUAGCAGCGGAUUGCCUAUGGAUGCUUGGGGAGCACGAGAAUCUAGCAAGGUCGAUGCUGCAUUUCCUCGCAGAUGUCCCGGACGCUCGAGUCCUGUGCAUCGCUGGUUUCCACACAGGACGCGCCAAACUGGUGCCAUUCUUCGAGGAUGUGGUUCCUCGGCAGGGGCUCGAGGUAGAGGAGCUGUACGAGAUGGAUGCGGAUGGUGGGCGGCGGCCCUGGGCGAAGGAGCGAGAUGGAGGAAGGGAGGACAUUGGUGAGCGGAAGAAGUGGCUUGUGGUGUCGAAGAUACGGCGGCGCGCCGUCCAGUGA